UUACGUGUAAUCAGAAGUGUCAGACACUUCGUGUAAGAGAAGAUUAGGAACGGGCAUCGGAUUCAAGGAGGAGAUCGUUCCGGACUUGGUUUAAAGCUGCUCAGGGAUCGUACGACUCGCUCGUCAAUCGCCUCAAAAUGACAAUCACAUUUCCUUACUCCUCUGCGCCGGUUAGGCAAAUCAGGGAGAUCCAAUUUGGAGUGAUGAGUCCAGAGGAGAUUAAAGCCUUCUCCGUAGCCAAGAUCGAGCAUCCUGAGGUCAUGGACGAAACUGGCAGGCAGAAAGUCGGGGGCCUGAUGGAUCCCAAGAUGGGCACCAUCGACCGAAACUUUAAGUGUCAGACUUGUCUCGAGGGCAUGGCAGAAUGUCCAGGUCAUUUCGGUCACAUUGAACUGGCUCAUCCUGUCUUUCACGCUGGCUUCAUGGUCAAAGUGAAGAAGAUAUUGGAGUGCAUCUGUUCUGACUGUGGAAAAUUGAGAGUUGACCUGCGCGAUCCUUUGGUUGCUUCGAUUGUCCGAAGAGUCAAAGCGCAACAUCGUCUUAAGGCUAUCUGGCCAUUGGCUUCAAAGAAGCGUAUCUGCGAGCCAGACGUGUUGGAGGAUGAGAACGGGAAUCCGCUUGAUGAGGAGCAAGCAGGUCCUAGUACAGUCAAAGGACACGGAGGUUGUGGUCAUGAGCAACCCAUGUGGAGGAAGGAAGGUUUGAAGCUGUUCGCUGUGUCAAAACAACAGGCAUCGGAGAAGGAAGAGCAGGAGUCCAGCGAGCCGGAAAAGAAGAUUGUCACUCCAGCGGAGAUUCACAAGCUGUUGCAAAAGAUUCCCGCGGAGGAUCUUCAGAUCAUGGGUCUCAAUGCCGAAUACGCUCGUCCGGAUUGGAUGAUCUUGACUGUCCUGCCUGUUCCUCCCGCCGCGGUUCGACCUUCCAUCUCUGUGGAUGGAGGCGCCAUGCGGUCUGAGGAUGAUCUGACAUACAAGCUGUCUCAGAUACUCAAAUCCAGUGCCUCUGUACGACGUCUAGAAGGGGAAGGAGUGCCCCAAUCCGUCAUCAGCGAACACUUUGACCUGCUCCAGUAUCAUGUUGCCACUUAUAUGGACAACGACAUUGCUGGACUCCCACAGGACACUCAAAAGUCUGGUCGACCGGUCAAAGCUAUUCGAGCGAGACUGAAGGGCAAGGAGGGGCGGUUGAGAGGCAACUUGAUGGGAAAACGUGUAGACUUUUCAGCUCGAACCGUUAUCACUGGAGACCCAAACCUGCAGCUUGAUCAAGUUGGAGUGCCCAAGAGCGUUGCGAUGACUUUGACCUAUCCGGAAAGAGUCACACCGUACAAUAUCGGAUACCUCCAGCAAUUGGUCCAAAAUGGCCCGGCGACGUAUCCUGGGGCUCGAUACUACGUGAAGGAUACCGGAGAAAGGAUAGACUUGAAAUACCGAAAGUCCAAUGAGCCGAUCAGUCUGCAGUUUGGCUGGAUAGUGGAGAGACAUUUGAAAGACGGAGACUAUGUUCUGUUCAACCGACAACCAUCAUUGCACAAAAUGUCAAUGAUGAGUCAUCGAAUAAAGCUCAUGAAUUACUCCACCUUCCGUCUCAACCUCUCCGUCACUUCACCUUACAACGCUGACUUUGACGGUGAUGAAAUGAACUUGCACGUACCUCAGAGCGAGGAAACGCGUGCAGAGCUCAGUCAGAUCGCUUGGGUCCCGCGUCAGAUCAUUUCACCACAAGCCAACAAACCCGUCAUGGGUAUCGUCCAAGACACUCUGUGCGGUAUUCGUAAAUUCACCCUGCGUGACAAUUUCUGCGAUUGGAAGACGGUUCAGAACAUUCUCCUCUGGUUACCCGGUUGGGACGGUACAAUACCACAGCCUGCGAUUCUCAAGCCAACACCGAUGUGGACAGGAAAGCAGUUGCUGUCGAUGUGUAUACCCAAGGGUGUCAAUAUCGUCUUCAAAAAUAAUGAGAAGCCUUCACCGAUCGAUGUGACGGACGAGAAUGUCUUGAUCGAUGAUGGAGAGGUCAUCCACGGUACCAUCGUGAAGAACCUUGCGGGUAGUGCAAACAAUGGUCUGGUUCACGUUAUUUUCCGACAGUUCGGACACAUUGCCGCUCGAGACUUCUUUUCCGCUGUUCAACGUGUGGUCAACUUCUGGCUUCUUCAUUACGGAUUCAGUGUCGGAAUCGGUGACACGAUUGUCGACAAAGCUACCAUGGCCGCCAUCACAAAUCGAAUGGUGCAGGCCAAGGAGGCGGUACAGAAGUUGAUCGAGCGUGCUGAACUCAAUGGAAUGAAACCUCAGCCAGGAAUGACGAUCAGAGAGACAUUGGAGGCUUCCAUCGCCAACGAGCUGAACAAGGCUCGUGAUUGGACGGGUAAAACUGCCCAGGAUAAUCUCAAAGCGGAUAACAAUGUCAAACAAAUGGUCGUCUCUGGUGCGAAGGGAUCUUUUAUCAACAUUUCCCAGAUGACUGGUGUGGUGGGACAACAGUUCGUCGAAGGAAAGCGAAUCAAUUUCGGUUUCAAACACCGUACACUGCCUCACUUUUCAAAAGACGACUAUGGUCCGGAAUCCAGAGGCUUCGUUGAGAACUCGUAUCUGCGAGGCUUGACACCGCAGGAAUUCUGGUUCCACGCCAUGGGAGGUCGUGAAGGAUUGAUUGACACUGCAGUAAAGACCGCAGAGACGGGAUACAUUCAACGCCGAUUGGUUAAAGCCAUGGAGGAUCUAAAGGUCGGAUACGAUGGGACAGUCCGAAACUCAAACGGAGACGUUAUCCAGUUCUUGUACGGUGAAGAUGGAAUGGACGGUGCCGCUAUGGAACGACAGGCUCUCGACAUCAUGCGUCUCUCGCAUCGUCGAUUCGAGCAAGAGUACAGGAUCGAUGUCAUUGGCGCGAGUGGUGGUUUCGCACCGGGAACACUACAAGCCGGCAUCGAUUCCUCCUCUGCUUCGUUGCAGAAGCUGCUGGACGCCGAGUAUGAGCAGUUGCUCCUCGACAGAACCAUGCUCCGUGACGAAAUCUUCCCUGAUGGCAACCCAUCUCAUGCCUUGCCCGCGAAUAUCCAGCGUAUCAUUCAAAAUGCACAACAAGUCUUCAAGAUUGACAAGCGUGUCCCUAGCGAUCUCGAUCCGGCCUACUUGAUUGAACAGCGUUCUGCGCUUGCCUCCAGGCUGGUCGUAGUGAGAGGUGAUGAUCCUCUCAGUCUGCGCACGCAAUACGAGGCGACACUCCUCUUCAAUAUUCUCCUUCGAUCUCGUCUGGCUACAAGACGUAUCCUGGAGAAAGACCAUUUGACCCGAAAUGCCUUUGACUGGGUCGUUGGAGAAAUCGAGCAGACUUUUAAUCGCGCGGUUUGCGACCCGGCCGAGAUGGUUGGCACGCUUGCGGCGCAGUCGAUCGGAGAACCGGCAACUCAGAUGACACUCAACACAUUCCAUUAUGCUGGUGUUGCGAGUAAAUCGGUUACUGGUGGUGUGCCCCGUCUGAAGGAGAUUAUCAACGUCGCCGUCAAUAUUCGAACUCCGGCGUUGAACGUAUAUCUUCAUCCAGAGUAUUCCCGCACUGAAGAGGACGCGCAUCAAAUCUCUCGAAAGCUCACGUAUACUCGUCUCCGAGAUAUUACGGCGUCCGUAGAGAUCUUUUACGAUCCCAAGCUCGACUCGACGGACAUUGAAGAGGACAAAGACUUUGUCGACGCCUUCUUCGCCAUUCCCGACGAAGACAUUCGGCUCGAGCUCCAUUCCCCAUGGCUCUUGCGUCUUGAACUGGACCGAGCGAAGGUACUUGAGGGAGGCUACGAAAUGUCUCAAGUCGUCAACGCCAUUGCCGAGACUGUCGGCAAAGACGUCUUUGUGAUCCACUCUGAAGAUAACGCGGAAAAGCUGGUCAUUCGUAUCCGAGUCGUGUCCGAGAACAAGGACGAGGAGGUUUCCAGCGACGAGGACAUGUUUUUGAGACGGAUCGAAGGGACUCUGCUCGACUCUGUCGAACUUGGUGGUAUCGAUGGGAUUCAACGAGUCUUCAUUUCUGAAGGCAAAAAGGUUGUCCUGUCCCAGCAGGGCGAAUAUGAUCAAGCCAAGGAGUGGUUCCUCGAAACCGAUGGAAUCAAUCUCAAAGCCGUACUCGCUGUGGAUGGUGUCGAUGCUGUUCGAACCUACUCGAACAACUGUUAUGAGUGUUUCCAGACGCUGGGUAUUGAAGCUGGUCGAAAUGCUCUAUUUAAGGAGCUGAACGGUGUUAUCGAGAUGGGUGGAUCCUCGGUCAACUACCGACAUUUGGCACUCUUAUGUGACCUCAUGUGUAACAAGGGUCAGCUCAUGUCGAUCACUCGUCACGGUAUCAACCGGACGGAUGCUGGAGCGCUAUCCCGUUGCUCCUUUGAGGAGACAGUCGAGAUCUUGCUUGAAGCAGCGGCAGUCGGAGAUGUGGAUGACUGUCGAGGAGUAGCUGAGAAUGUCCUUUUGGGACAGAUGGCUCCCAUGGGAACGGGAGCCUUCGAUGUUUCACUCGAUAUGAACAUGCUCAAGGACGUCAUCGUGGAUCAUCGUCUACCCGUGCAAAAUAUGUUGGCAGCGGGUCUCAUCGGUGGUAUGACGCCUGGAGGAGCCAUGACGCCGUAUGAUAAUUUUUCGCCAAUGUGGACUGGCCAGGAUGGACGAGUCGAGUCUGCGGCCUUCUCGCCCAUUCAGACGUCGAACAACGAGGAAGGCGGAAACUUUGCGUAUAUGGGAUACGGAACAUCGCCGAUGCAAGGUGGCAUGUCACCUGGAGCGGGAUACUCUCCUUCUUCUCCUGCAGGGUAUUCUCCAACUUCGCCAUUUGCAGUCACCUCUCCCGCAUACUCUCCAACGUCGCCGUUCCAGGGUGCAGGCGCUGCGUCGCCUUGGGUUCCCAGAGGUGGAUAUGGGGCAACCAGUCCAGCCUAUUCUCCAUCCUCUCCUCAGUAUUCGCCUUCGUCGCCCCAGUUCUCACCCACUUCACCGUCAUUCUCCCCUGCAUCACCAACGUAUUCUCCAACUUCGCCAGCAAAUGGUGCUGCUUCGCGAUCUCGAGCGUCACCUUACUCUCCGGCAUCUCCAGCGUACAGUCCUACAUCGCCUUUGGCAGGUGCGACGUCGCCGCAAUACAGUCCCACGUCACCACAAUACAGUCCAACUUCUCCACGGUAUUCGCCUGCGAGUCCUGCCUUCUCACCCACGAGUCCGGUCUACAGCCCGACGAGUCCAGCGCCGUUCCAAGCUACCUCGCCAAAGUAUUCACCUACGAGUCCCACUUACUCACCUGCGAGUCCGGCAUUCUCUCCCACGAGUCCCACGUACUCCCCGGCAAGUCCAGCUUACAGUCCCACUUCUCCGGCCUAUUCUCCCGCGUCUCCGGCAUAUAGUCCCGCUUCGCCAAGUGCGAACGGCAAAGCCCCGAACGGGAAUGCACAGGGAUCGCGGCAGAGGAAUGGAUGGGGAGCUGGAGGGUCGGGCUAUAACGCGUCGCCCAGCUGGAAGACGUGAUCUGUUUCGUGAUUCUCGUACACUCUAUUCGUUGGUGAAAUACGUCGAUCCACUCUAUCUAGUAUCAUAGUGGCCCUGGGCAACUAUCUCGCGACGCAUGUAUCGCAUGUCUUCCUGACCUCUUUUUGAAGCAAAUGUUCCAUGCAGGCAAUAAUAGCUACAGGCUAAUCUGUACAACAUGACUGAUACAACAAGAGUCUACGAUUUCGACUUUGGUUCGAAGAAGCGCUUGAUCCCUUCUGGCCU